AUGGCGCUCUUCACUUUCUGGAGUCAACUGGACUGCAGCUCCAUUCUGCUGUUCGCGUCUACAAUCGCAGUGUUCGUCCUCCCCAUCUUCAUCAUAUUUCCACCUGUGCCCGUCGACCGGAGCGACGUGCUGGGUCAGACGCACUCCAAGCUCGGCCGCCCCCUGGCGCGGGAGGACUCUCCUCCAGCGCCCACCAAGGAGCAGCAACUGGCCGAGUCAAGCGGCACUGAUGGCACUGCCCCUGUCGAGGAGACGCCGAGCCCAACGGCCGUCUACUACCCCAUAGCGGCAUGCCGGGGGAUCGACGUGUCGCGCGUCAAAGACCGGCCGCGCAUGGGUUCCCGCUGCGAUGGCAUCUACACGUUCGCCCGGCUGACCAGCGCGGCGCACUCUUCAGCCGAUCAACAGGAGGCGGCGGCAGACGCGCGACAGGGCCGUCGAGCAAGCGGUGACGGCUACGACGCCGUCGCCGCCGAUCAAUGGGAGGCGUUGACGCGCAGCGACGCCCCGCCCCUGGCCGGCGUCCAGGUCGAUGUGUGGCUCCCCGACGAGGCCAAGUCGAGCAGGCAGCUGGGCCAUAUCGAAGGCGGCUUCGUCGUCGCGCGCUUCCCGUGGACCGACGACGAUGGCGGCUGCGGCGGCGGGUCACUGCUGCGAGUGCGAGGUCUGGCGCGACGACUGGCCGCCAAGCUGAGCCGCGGGCUGCGCGCCGUUCCGGAGAGGGAGAUGCUGCUGCCGCUGGAGGUCCCCUCCGAGGCGGAGAUCGCAUCCAGGGGCUAUCGCCGCGCGCGCGUCGCGUUGCGCCAGGGUGAUGUAUGCUCUGCCCUGAGCAUGGAAACGGAGGUGCCGCCCGAGUUGGCGCGCUAUCUCGGCAUCGAGCAUCGGUUGGGGAUACUUCGUUUGUGCGACGAGCCAGAGCCAGGGGAUGAUGGACGAGGCUUGGAAGGCUGA